AUGUGGACAUUGCUCAUUGUAACUGGUUUAGCACUUGCUGACCCAUUACCUCCUCAAUGGCCUAACACUUUCACCCAAUCCUUCAACGAAACCUUUAUAUCCACAAGCUAUGGAAAUCACACCACAAAUGGAGUUUAUUACUAUGACUAUACAAGCCAAAGCACACGUAUAGACAGAGAUAAUGGAAGAUAUGAUGCGUUCUGUGGAUUAAAUGGGUUCAAAAUUCUAGUUGACGGUCCAUGCAACCAGUUCGCAGUUGGUGGAAACAGAUAUAUUCAUUAUCCUAAAGACCAUUAUUGCUGCUUUUGUUGCAAUUAUCAACAAGGAUGCGGACCAUUGUAUCCAACUUGGAUGGAUAAUUCAACAUUUUUAGGAACUACUAUGCACAAUGGAGUUCAAGCUUAUGCUUGGGAUAAAAUGGGAAACCAGCCAAAUUAUUAUUAUGAAACAGUGGCAACUCAGCCAAGUCAAAGAGUAAUGCUUGGAAUUUAUGAAAUGCCUGACGACUUUAAAGACUUCCAUAGCAUAAGCUACAGUGUCCCUGCUGGAACUUUUGAUUUGCCAAAAGAAUGCUCUGUUAAGAUAGUUUGUCCGGAAACCUCAGUUUGUACGCAAAUAAGAGGUUCUGGUUUACAAAGUGUUCUUAAAAACAUAAUUUAA